GGGGCGCGGGCGCGGGCGCGGGGCGCGGGCGCGGGCGAAGAGCGCCCGCCCGGGAUGCCCGCCGCGCCGCGGGCCUGGCCAUGUCGUCGUCCUUCUUCAACCCCAGCUUCGCCUUCAGCUCGCACUUCGACCCCGACGGCGCCCCCCUUGGCGAGCUCUCCUGGUCAUCGUCCCUGGCCGUGGUGACUGUUUCCUUCUCGGGGCUCCUCAUGGUCGUUGCCCUCAUGCUGGCCUGUCUGUGCUGUAAGAAGGGGGGCAUCGGGUUCAAGGAGCUGCAGAAUGCCGAGGGGGAGGAGGAGUACGCCCCUGAUGCCGUGGGGCUCGGCUCCCCUGCACCCGCACCCGCGCCCGCGGGGCCGGACGUCUACGUGCUGCCCCUCAACCAGGUGACCCUGCAGGGGCCGGAGCAGCAGGGCCGCACAGGACAGCUGCUCACUGCCUCGGACCUGGGCCGGCAGGAUCUCCUGCAGCUGAAGGACAUGGGGCACGGCUGGUUUGGGAGGGUGCCCGCCGGCAGCGCGCGGGGCUCGCAGGUGGUGGUGAAGGAGCUCCGCAGCGGCGCCAGCGUGCAGGAGCAGUUGCGCUUCUUGGAGGAGGCGCAGCCCUAUAGGGCCCUCCAGCAUGAAAACCUGCUCCGGUGUCUGGGCCAGUGCGCCGAGGCCACGCCUUACCUGCUGCUCCUGGAGUUCUGCCCCGUGGGGGACCUCAAGGGCUACCUGCGCAACUGCCGCGUGGCCGAUUCCCUGGCGCCGGACCCCCUGACCCUGCAGCGCAUGGCCUGCGAGGUGGCCUGCGGCGUCCUGCACCUGCACCGCCAUAACUACGUGCACAGUGACCUGGCCCUGCGGAACUGCCUGCUCACGGCCCACCUGACAGUGAAGGUCGGGGACUACGGCCUGGCACACGGCAAAUACCGAGAGGACUACCUGGUCACCGCUGACCAACUGUGGGUGCCGCUGCGCUGGAUCGCACCCGAGCUGGUGGACGAGGUGCACAGUAAUCUGCUGGUGGUCAGCCAGACCAAGGCCAGCAACAUAUGGUCUUUGGGGGUGACGCUCUGGGAGCUCUUUGAGAUGGGCGCCCAGCCAUACCCGCACCACUCGGACGGGCAGGUGCUGGCCUAUGCCGUCCGCGAACAGCAGCUCAAGCUGUCCCGACCGCAGCUGCCAUUGAGCCUGUCAGAGCGCUGGUACGAGGUGAUGCAGUACUGCUGGCUGCAGCCCGAGCAGCGGCCGUCGGCCGAGGAGGUCCACCAGCUGCUGACCUACCUGUGCGCCCAGGGCACGUCCGACGCGGCUGAGGAGGACUUCGAGCGGCGCUGGCGCUCGCUGAGGCCCAGCGGGGGCGGCGCGGCAGCGCUGGCCCACCCGUCGUCCUUCCCGCUGCUGGAGCGGUUCUCGGGGGGCAGCGACGACGUGCUGACCGUGACCGAGACCAGCCGCGGCCUGGACUUCGAGUACCAGUGGGAGGCGGGCCCCGAGGCCCCGGCCAGCGCGUCCGGCGCGGCCCCGGGGGUGCUGCCCGUGCUCAGCGCGCACAGCCCCUCGGUGGGCAGCGAGUACUUCAUCCGGCUGGAGGAGCCAGCGCCCGCCUGCCACGACCCCAGUCCCCCGGCCUCCCCCGGCCCAGACCCGGAAGGUGGCGCUUUAGAACCAAGGCUCGGUCACCCGCUGCCCACUGAGGGACCCCGGGAUGACCGUGACCAGAGUCCGCCCCACCCUCUGCAGCCGCCCUCUCCCGGGCUCACCACCCCGGUGGAGAGGGGCCCCCUGGACCCUGAGCCACGCCAAGCUGCCCGCUGCCCCGCCCCUUCUGAGGACUCCCUAGCCACGCCUCCCUCAGCCGUGCCCCGGGACUGCUGCCCACUGGGGGAGUCCAAUGCGUCCGCUAACAACAACAGCGGCCACAGGGCCCCGUGGCCCCGGGCUGCCAACCACGGGGACGGCUGCAGGGACAGCUGCCCCAGCCCAGAGCAUGGCCCGCAAGCCGUCCCCGAGAUGGCCCACCCCCUGGCCCCAGAGGGCCCCCGAGAGCCUCUUCUGGGGCUCCAGGCCACCCCUUCUGGCCAGGAGCCAUGCCGUGGCCUUAGCUGCCCCCGGCUGUGCCCUGCUGUGGGCCUGGCUCCUGCCACCUGCCACGUCACGUCCUCCUGGACAGAGGCGGCCAGAUGUGGAGGCGAUAGUCCCCAGGCAGAGCCCAGGCUGGCGGAGGAGGCUACGGGCGCCCAGCUCCCCCACCCCUCCAUCCCAUCCCCCGAGGAUGCCCCUCUCCCCGCCGAGGCCGCCAGUGCCCCCAGCGGCCUGCCAGCUUCGCCCACGCCGGCCAGUGGCUGCCAGACAGCUGCCACGGAGCCUUGGACUCUGGACCCUGGCAGCUGCCCCUCCCAGCUGGACGCGCCAGGCAGCGAGGACGAGGACACGGAAGGGACCCCUCCUGCCGCCGGGACCGACUCUCCCAGGGGCAGCCCGGCAGCCGAGGGGCCGGGCACGGUGCCCACCUGCCACCACUCCCCGCCCAGUCAGGUGGGAACCCCCGGCUCCCUGCGCCUCCCGGCCUUGGCCAGCGAGGCCGGAUGCCAGCGCUUCUGCCCAGUGGCUGCGGGGCAGCCCCGGGCGCCGGACAGUGGCUACGACACGGAGAACUACGGGUCCCCUGAGCUUGGGGCGUCUGGGGGGCUGCCCUCGGAGGGUGGCAGCCCCGGGCCGGAGUCUCAGUUGUCCACCCCGCUGGGCAGCCUGGGCGACAAGAGCCCCUACCGGGAUUCCGCCUACUUCUCGGACCUGGAGUCCGAGGGGGAGCCGCCCACAGGCCCCGCGGAGAAGCCGGGUCCCGCCGCCCCCGGGUCGGGGCCUGGGCCGGGCUCCCCGCGCCCCAAGGUCUUCGUGCUGACGCCGGUGCCCCCCGAGGGCCGGCCUGAGCAGGAGGAGGACAGCGACGACAGCGAGUCGGACGAGGAGCUGCGCGGCGGCAGCGCGCGGGAGCUGAGCGAGGACAGCGAGGAGGACGUGGCGCCCGUGGUGGUGGUGGCCGCCAGCCCCGGCUGCCGCCUGCGCAGCCUGCUGCGGAUGCCCGCGCGCAGCCGCCAGAAGAAGGCCGUGUCCUUCUUCGACGACGUCACCGUCUACCUCUUCGACCAGGUGCGCGGCGCCCUGCGCGCGCGCGGCCCGCGGGCCCGCGGGACGCCGAGUCACGCCGGGGACCCCCGCCCCGGCGCCAAGGACUCGCCCCCCGCCUCCCCCGGCGGCCGGCCGCGCCCAGCCCAGCGACCCCCGGAGGGCUCCGCGGCCAGAGAGGGCGCCGCCUUCGAGUGGGGAGACUUCCCGCCGCUGAGCCCCGGGCAGCCCGUGGCCGCCACCCCCGCCAGGACCCCCAAGCCCGCGGUGCCAGGACCCUCGUCCCGCUUCACCGUGUCGCCCACCACGGCCGUGUCCCGCUUCUCAAUCACGCACGUCUCCGACGCCGACGCCGACGCCAGGUCUCCGCGAGACCCCGCCGCGGAUGUGGGGGGCUGCUGUGAUGAGGCGUGAGCCCCGCAGCACCCC